AUGUCCCUCUCAGAAGUGCAGCGCCUGCAAAAGUUGGUGUUUCACCACCCCAACAAGGAAAACUACGAAACCCUCGUCUUGGAGCAGAUCCUCAUGGUGGAGCAACAGCUGGGCACGAAAACAAAGGCUGAGGAGCGCGCCACGGCGGCGAGGCGGGAAGCAGAACAGCUGCGAGGUGAGCUCGAGGAGCUGCGUCGCGAGACCGCCUCGGCGCCCACCAUCUCUGCGGUGGAGCGAGAGGAUUACUAUGUGUCAUGGACGGCGCUCCUGAAGGAGUUUUGCAUGCGCAAGGAGAUCCUUUCCUUUCUGCUGUCGUACCCUGCUGAAGACUUCAAGCUGGUCGAACUAACCACCGUCUCCCACUGGCUCGACACCUGGACGACGUUCUUCGCGGCCGCCGAGUCGUCGGUGCGGAGCUUGAAAAGGCUCGAGCGAGAAUCGGCGAACAGAAACACACUGCCCCCGACUCGGCCCCUCUACGACGCGUUGGAUGAGGUGUGCCGCCUGCAGCUGCAGGCUCGCACGCUUGUCGGCCGUGAGCGCUACCGCCGCAGCUCUUCGAGCGAGGAGUUCGUGAAGGACUUCAUGGAUAGUCAGCAGCAGCUGCGGGAGUGGUGCCGCAAGCAGCACAAUACACUGGCGGCGUUGACGACGCUGGGGGACCUCAUCGAGUUCAACAACUCCUUCUACGCGAACGUGCCGGUGAUGGACAGCAACUUUCUCGUGCUGAUGGAGCAGAGCGAGGCUCUCAUGAGCAACGUGCAGGUGCAAGACGCUCUUCGGGAGGUGAACCGAGAGUGGGUCAUGCUGACGCUCGAGACCUACGGCAAGCUUCAGGCUGCCAGCGCCCGAGAGCACGGGAGUAGUUCGCUAGAGAGGCAGUGUGCUGAGUGGAUCCAAGUUAUGUCUCCGAGGCUUCGGCGUCUUCUUGUGUCCGCGCAGAGCACCCUUGCACAGGGCAAAGAUGUGCCGGAGGCGAAGCUGCUUGCGACGACGUGCGAGCAACUUCUCAAGGCGCAUGAGGCGCACGACAUCGUGUGCACGCACCUGAGCGACUACACGGUGCGCGAGGAGUGCGUGCGUCCCCACUUGGACGCUUUGAAGGCGGAGCUGCAGUCGUCACUCACGACGACGGUGCUGACCUUCCCGCUCUUUGACACCUCGGGUGGGCAGGCGGACUACAAGAGCCGUGUGGAGGAGCUGCAGGAGUGGAUCGACGUGAAGUCGCAGAAGGGCACGUACGUGAAGCUGCUGGAGCGCUUAGAGUUGACCAAGGCCGUGAUCGAGGAGCACGCGGAUGUACUGUUCCCUGAGGACAGUCCGUAG